GUGCGCGACGGUCGCAGCAGCAGCCCGGUCCAUCGCGCGCAGAGACGAAAUCACGGAGAUGAGGCGAGCACUUCUCGUGCUCCUCAGCCUCGCGCUUUGCACCUCACAAACGUCUCACAAUGAGAGCGACCCCUACUUUCCAGCUCCGUAUUUUGACGAAGGAGAAAACUUGAGUAGCGAGAAUUGUGGAAGCGAAACAACUCUGAACCAAUCGGCCGUUGUAGUUAUAAACAUACUUACUAACGAUAGUUGCAUUGGAUAUAUAGUUAUUUCUCAAAGUACUUUUCUUGGAAGAGGUUAUUGCCCCCUUUUGUAUGGAAGUGAUAGAACAGAUCUACGAGUGUUUCCGAAUAACUGUCUUUACCGCCAAACAGAAGAGGAAUGCGUCAGAAUUUCCGUCAAAGUGCUGGAUAUAAUCGAUAUUGCAAUAAGUCCGACAGAUGAAUACAAAUUCUUAAAAUUCCAUAUUUGGAUAACUGAGGAAAUGCCGAGUGUGAUUACUCCCUUUUGCUUGUUUAAUCGUGACAACGUACUGGACUCGCAACUUCAAAGAGAGUCAACCUAUGCUCAAUGGUCACCAUAUAAAAGUACUCUUCUAUUAUCUGACCAGACAAAUGUCACGGCCAAAAGCAACUGCAGCAGGAUUCUAAAUAGUACUGAUUUUGAAUUUUUGAAAACUAAUAAAAUUCCCAUCCAGAAUAUCCUGUGUGUGGAGAAACGAAACCUAUCUCUUUACCUGAUUGAUAUCUACAACGGCCGGUAUUUCUUGAGAGGUGUAAAAUAUCAUUUUAACCGCCCUUAUUACAUUGAUUUAUUGCCAUACAUUGACGAGAUCGCAAGGAAAACAAAAGAUAUUUCUGUUCUACGCCCGAUCCCACCAACAAAACAAUUGAGAGGAUUCGCCGGACAAGACAACCUCAGUUUCCCAAACUGUGGAAGGAAACCGACAUCAACAAGAAGGAAACGCGGAAAUGACGAAUCUUCCGAUGAUUUGCAACCGACCAAACAUAUUUUCGGCGGAAACAAAGCUCAGACUGGCAACCACCCUUGGCAUGUUUAUAUUGAUAAUGAGGUGACUGGAGCAACCUGUGGAGGGACACUGAUUUCGCCGACAGCAGUUUUGACCGCUGCACAUUGCAUUUAUGGAUCAGAAGCUGAAGACUUCGUAGUUGCGGUUGGGAUGUACGAUAAAAGACAAAGAAGAGCUUCCGGUGUUCAGAGAAGAUUGAUUAGCAGUCUGAUCACGCACCCUAAAUAUGACCAUAAGGGAACCAUCAGCGACGUCGGACUCAUGAUUUUGAACGAAAAAAUUAAUAUAACCGACCACGUCCGACCGAUUUGCCUGUGGAACGAAGACUCUGACUCUAACUUGGCUCGAGUGGCUGGAACUGAAGCUAUGGCGGUUGGGUUCGGGCUUGCUGACAACUACACAGUACCAGAUAAACUACAAGAAGCUCGACUGCCGAUUAGAGAUCACAAAGAGUGCUACUUGUCGAAAAGGAAGUUUUUUGAGAAAUAUUUGGUGCCAGGAGACAACUUUUGCGCCGGCUACAUGAAUGGAACGACCACCUGCAACGGGGACAGCGGGGGCAGCCUUUCCGUGGAAAAGGACGGCCGUUGGUUUAUCAGGGGAAUUGUCAGCUUUGGAAAAUCGAAAAAAGUGAAGUUUGAGGGCAAAGAAAGAUUGUUGUGCGACCCAAAUGAAUAUUCUUUGUUCGCUGACAUCACAAGUUACAUGGACUGGAUCGUGGAAAGCACGCCGGAAAUUUCAUUCCGAGAUUAAAUUGUUGAAGUACAAUAAAGUUUAAACAGGUUAAUAGUUAUUAAUUAAAAAAUGUAAUUAAACAAGUAACGUAAUCUCUUAACAAAAUAUUUUACUAUGUUUUUUCAAUAAAAAUUGGUUUGAAAGUUUUGA